AUUUCUAAAAAUAAAACCAGCGCAGAUAUGUCAACUGUGGUGAACGCGAUUUGCGCAAUUUUCUGGUUUACCAGAUAUGUUGAAUACAAUUUUGUAAAUUUGCCAUUUUUUGUAAGGUGAUUGUUGAUUGGAUUUGUUUUUGAAAAUCACACGCAAACCGACACAUGUGAUAAAUCAGACACUGGCAAACACAGAAGGUUAUUUCCCUAUCUUUUCUUGCAAUUGAACGUGAAUUUUUCAUUUGAAGUUGAGAAAACAACAAUCAUUUUCCGGUUGCUCUUAUGCUAUAAUCUACGAUGAAUUCAUGCAAUUUUUUAAGACAAUCGAGAGAAAGUGAAAGUAAUUUAUUUGAAGUGUUGUGUUACCACUACACAGUGGUGCAGUCGCAAGCUUUACUUUGCAAUUAAUGUGGAAAUUUAAUGAAGAGGACCAAUAACACGAAAGGAAUAUGGAUACAUUUGGAAUAUUUUAGUUGAAUACAGUUUAGGGUAAAUCUCCAUUGAUGAUGCCUCCUAAAGCGAGUAAAUCCACAUGCAAACGCGGCCAAAAAAACGAUAUCUACCUUCUGUAUGACGAAGACGACAGCAGUCGUGUUAUGGAAUUUGCAGAGCAAUUCAGACAGUUUUACAAAGUGUUUGAUCCUCACACAGAUGGUGUACCAGGGGAAAUUAAACUUAGGUCGUGGUUAGAAAAGGGCAUAUACAACUCGAAGAUGACAGUCGUAUUCUUUUCAAAGAAAUCUAUAACAAAAGAAGCGUACAUUCAGCUGUCUCAUGCGAUAAGAGAACACAGAAUCAUCGCUAUAAUGGUGCAGUCGUGUAAAAUUCCAAAGAUCUUAGGACAUUUUAAUAUUGUCUAUGCCUACCAUACGGACAGCUUCGAUCUCACAUUGAAUCACAUACGGCAAGCGAUAGAAGCGCCAAAAGAAACGUUUAAGCGUCUGGAUUUUCCGUAUCACAAUCCUGGAAAAGUUACACAAACUGUAGUUGGUAUACCAAAGUUCGAAAAACGGACGCUCCAAGAAACCCCCAGAAAAACAACAAAAAUCACUGUUCUGGAUGUUAUCUUGAAUGCACACAUUGUUUGCAAUGUUUUUAACAAUUUCACUCUUCGAUGCGACAAACCAGAGUGCACAUUUAAAUGCAGAGCGAACAAUUUUCAAGAGGUUCAUGCGCACACCAGAUCGUGUAAAUUUGAAUGGGUGCAAUGUAGCUAUUGUAAGCAAAAAGUGUUUCGAAAGAAUAUGCAAAAGCACGAGCAAAGAAAAUGUCGGUUUCGGAGAUUAAAAUGUUCCAACGAAGGCUGCGUCUAUCUGACCUCUUUAUGCGAUGUCGAGUCACAUAAACGGUCAUGCGUUUAUCAGUUGGUCAAUUGUCGAAACAGUAUUAACGGAUGCAAAGCAGUUCACCUGAAAAAAGAUGCAAACCAACACAAACGAAAGUGUGACUAUGAGACACUUAUGUGCAAUUUGUGCAAAAGAAAACUGUUUAAGCUUGAUUUUGACAGUCAUCACUGUCAAAACAGUGACAAACGAACUUAUAUAUUUUCAUGUGAAAAUACUGGAUGCAUAUAUGAAGGAUCUGCGAACGACAUGAUAGGACACAAUCUUGUUUGUGAAUUUCGGAAGCAAACAUGUCGCCACUGUUCCAGAUUGAUACCUGUAGGGAUGUUAACUGCACACACACAAGAGUGCUCUGAUCUUACAUCAUGUCAUCAAUGCGGCGUAACGAUACCGAGGUAUUUACUUGAACGUCAUCGACAGAUAUCAUGCAGUGUUGGUGCCAUGACAACAGUAUGCGACACGUGCUAUUCUAUUGUUGAUGAGGUCUCUAUGAAAACGCACACAAAUAAUGACUGCAUCAAUUACAAAAGACAUUUUUCCAUGCAAAACACAGCACCGAAUGCCAAUACAAACGCGAAAGAGCCAAAGCAUCAGAGCGAAGAGGUUUCUCAGCUGGUACCGAUUGUACGCAGGAAACAGAGAGGAAGACGGUUAUCAACCAUUAUGCGCCUGCGUGGGCGUGAUAGCUGCGGCAACUCGGAUAAUAGCAAAGUCAGCAGUCAUUACGUUAACUUCGAAGACCACCAGAAACUUGGGAUAAUGACACCCGAACGUCGGGACUGGUUCAACAGCAUUGGCAAUCCUGCCUCGCCCUGUUCAUCUGAAAGCGGCGACAGUCUGCCUUCGCCGUUUUACACUGAGGGCUUGUGUCAUUCAUCUUCGUGGUAUAACCUAACCUAAGGUUAUUUCAACAACAGUCCUUCUCAGAAUAGACAGUACACUGAUCUAUGUCCAGGAAUAAUAUCGAAUACAAUACCGUUAUUAUGACUGUAGACGUUUCCAAUUAGGAAUCGAUGAAAUGACGCCAAUAUAAAUUACGGGUAUGACAUCAUUACAAAGGACCUGUUUGCAGAUUGUUAUACUUUUGAAAAAAAAAGUAUAAAGGAAUUCAUUAUUAACGGUAUGCCUGUAGAUGAGCUCCAAAAGGAAGGCGCACACAAUGUUGUAAUCAUUGAGCAUUAAAGAAGUGGUAUGUAUCGAUCAUAACAUAGGUUUUUAAUGCUAUCUAUUGUAUUAGUUGUAAAAAAUGACUCGACAAACAUUCAAUUAAUAUUUGUUAUGAAAAAACGUGAUAAAAAUGCAAAAAAAAUGGGAAGAAGUUAUGUCAGUCCUUGGUCAGAAGUUACGGUCAGACUUAAGGCCAAAGGUCAAACAUGUGCAUGUCUAAACUUUUUAAAUAAUAAACAAAUAUAAUGAUCAUUCGCUUGACGUGUUGCCGACAUGCAUCAAAUGUCGUCAAGUGUUUCGCAAUAUUUUGAUUUAUGGAAAUACACAUAACAUCAGUAAUAUCUACAAUGACGUCAUCAGUCAGGUUUGAAAUAUUGCAUGACCAAAUUUAAUUAAUAGUUUAACAAUAUUAAGUAAAAUCUUAUGAAGCGGCGGAACGGGUCUGUUCGUAGCCGAAAAAAAAAAUUGACGUAAUAUUAUCGAACUCACUAAGACUAUAACCGACGUUUGUAUUAAUAAAACAAGUGUAUAAUUAAAGGAUGAAACUGUGCAUUGCUUGAUUUAUUUGAAUUUUUAAAGUGCAAAUACUUACCACGUGAACUGAUCCAUAACACUAUCGUCCGACUUCAAUCUUUUACCAUUACUUAUAAAUUGUGUAAUGCAUAUAUAAUGUAGGGUAUGUAUAAGCUUUACUGCUGAAUAAAAAUGUUGUUGGUGUAUUGAUCAGGCAUUUGUAUUUCACUAGAACAUUUGUACUGUUGAUUUUACUAGAACAUCUGUACAGUUGAUUUCUAAAUGUAAUAAUGAUUUCACGUACUUUUUAGAAGGUCUAGUUAAAAAAUACAAAUGCCAAAAACACUGAACGUUAUUAUCAUGCUCUUAAUGAUUAAGUGCUUUACCCAAAGUGUGCAACCUAGCCAUUUAAUUUGAUCAAAAUGAAGGUUAUAGUUUAAUACAGUUAUAGCUGUUUACCGGGUACUGAAUAAGAGAUGUUACUUAUUGAUGAACAACUACUGCAAAGUGAAAAUUGUACAGUGUGGAUGAACAUUAUUGUCCCUUGACAAUUGUAUAUAGAUAAAUAUUUCUGGAAAAGACCAACAUGAUGAAAUUUAUUGGUGUGAUGCAAUCUGAUAAUACAAGUACCAACAUAAACUUUGUAAUGGAUGUAACACCAUAUACUUUUUAACAUAUAACUUAUAUACUGCAUUUUAUUGGAAUGUUUAUUUUAAUUCAAUGUUAUUUUUUUAAUGAGCUAACAUCUGAUACUACUGUGCUUCUUGUAUUGUUAAUUGUUUAUCGUUUUGUCAUCAGCUUAUAUUUUUAAUUCAAACUUGCAUUGUAUGACAUAAUUACAGAAUACUUCAGGGCACUGCCGUUGACACAGUUCACAAAGUAUUGAUGCAUUCCUUUAUUCUUAUACGCAAUCAUAAAUUAAAACUUGUAUUGAUAAAAAUAUAACCUAACUGAUUCAUCACAUCUUAAAGCCUCAUGACUACUCAAAAUCAACAAAAAAAUCGUACACUAUUUUGUAAAUUAAAGUCAAACAAUAAACAAAUCAGUGUUCCUUAUGGCGAUUGCCGAAAUUUCAACGCCAGAUGUGGUCUGGUAACAUAGAUGUUUGUAGAUACAAAAUGCUCGUUUUUAUUUAUGUAUUGCCUAUUUAAUUCCAUUUUAAUUUCCCAAUUUAGUGUUCGUGUGUCGUAUGCAUAGAUGUUCCCGGGAAAUGAAAAUGGAAUUUAUUGUGUCACAAAUAA